UACAAAAAUGAAAGUGCAGGCUUGAAACGACGAUUAAGACACGUUCUUCAAGCCAGCUACAUUUGUAGCUCAUGGAUAACAGAAAAGGCUGAAGCCAUAACAGGCAUCGUAAAAUGUGCCGCCGUUCCUGUUCCUCCAGGAUCAACGACAACAACAGGUGUAUGUGACGACUCGCUGACGGCGACGCUACCAGACGCGUCGUUUUCCGCCUCCACAGACUACACCAGCAAGGUUCCUGCUCACGACUACGCCCCCUACAGGGGAAGAUUAAGCGUCAAGGUUGACCCUAACCCCCAAGCUUACAAGGUCGGCUCCUGGGUCGCCCUUGAUCUGGAUACAAAACAAUGGUUGCAGGUUGACCUUACCGCGCCCAGUGUAGUGCGGACAGUGACGACGGCGGGACGCGACCCCGACCCCGUCAGCGGCUGCUGCAAACAGUGGGUGACAAAGUAUACUAUUCAGUACAGUCUGGAUGGUGCAUCGUGGACAACGGUUACCGACAGCGCUGGAGCAGAGAAGGUUUUCGACGGCAACACCGACUCCACCACGCAUGUAACGAACAGUCUCGCAUGUCCAGUCAUCGCUCAGUAUGUCCGAGUCAGUCCAGUAGAGUGGCACGGAUACAUCGCAAUGAGGAUGGACCUUAACGGCUGUAACAUUGCUUCUGGUGGAGCUACAGCUGGACCAUCUACCGCGGCACCGACAACACCGACAAUCGCUGUUGCAGGACAACUCUCUAAUGGCCAAUGUGUCAGCGACUGCAGCAGUAAGGGUGAUGGCUUCUACCAGUCCUGUCAGGGUUGUAAUGUUUAUGUGCGAUGUGUCAGCGAGAAGAUCACUGACAACAACCCCUGUCCUCCCGGGACUGUGUGGAACGACAACAUCAAGUUCUGUGACAUAAACUCUCCCACCUGUCAAGGUCCCACAAGUCCAACCACGCCAGGAACCACUACAACCACAAUGGCUGCAGGACAACUUUCAACCGGCCAAUGUGUCAGCGACUGCAGCAGUAAGGGUGAUGGCUUCUACCAGUCCUGUCAGGGCUGUGAUGUUUAUGUGCGAUGUGUCAGCGAGAAGAUCACUGACAACAACCCCUGUCCUCCCGGGACUGUGUGGAACGACAACAUCAAGUUCUGUGACAUAAACUCCCCCCACCUGUCAAGGUAG